GCUUGAGAGCAAGAAAACAAAAGAGAAAGCGGCAAGCCCUCCGGUGUUUUCAAGAAGUAACGUCACCUGUAUGCAAAUUUCCUGUUCCGCAAUUUUGAACCUCUCUGUUCACAAUUCGGGAAGAAGCUUCGGGGAACAGACGGGAAAACCACGACACAAAGCUGUCUCAAAAUGGUUCGACUGCUUCCUCUUCUUUGCCUCGUGACCUUUGCCCUCUGUGGUCACGUGGUUGCCAUGCCUAAAGCCGUGACGCAACUCGGCGUCAUGAUCUCCAAGGUAACGGGCAGGCCGCCGUGGAAGUACUGGAACUACGGGUGCUGGUGCGGCAAGGGCGGCCAGGGACCCGCGGUGGACGCUACGGACAGUUGCUGCCAAACGCACGACUUUUGUUACGAGGCCCUGGAGCAGCCUCCGUGCAGGUGGACGGUCAAGCAAUACCUGACGGCCUACAAAUACAGCAUCGAUGGCAAAACCGUCACGUGCGGUGACCAGGAUGGAACAUGCAAGAGGACAUUGUGUGAAUGCGACAAGACGGUUGUCAACUGUUUCGCCAGGAGCCAAUAUGUGGAGGCGCACGAUCAUAUGGAUCAGACUAUCUGCAAAAAGGGGAACUCCACCGAAGUGAUGCAUGAUGGUCUAUCCGGGACCUUCCCAUGAGCCUCUGGUGUGCGAAGAUCGCCCCUGCAGAGAAUCUAUUUCUCCGAAUAUUUCUGCGAAAGAGGCGUAGUCAAGAAAUUUGAUGUUUAGAAACAGGAAUAGAUAUUUUAAAGCAGACAGACAUACAGAGAGAGAGGGAGAGAGAGAGAGAGAGAGAGAGAUAUGCCUUUCUCUAUCGUAGCCUGUAGCAUAUUACAUGUACGUUCCACUGUAAACAAGGACGCUAUAGCCCUGUUUUGAGUUUUGAGGAAGUAAAACAAAAGAGGAACAGAUGUUUUUGAAGGGUGGGGCGGCGAGCAAAGAAAAAAUGUCAACAAGUUCGGCACAACAAAAGUGUCAAAAUAUGGGCGAGGCAAGCUGAAGUAUUGCUUACAGAUUAGGCCAAAACAUUAUGAUUCUUCCAUAUACACAGGUCAUAAAUUGAAUAAAAGUAAAAGAAAUGAUAAAUAGUUGUCAUCAAACAGGAUCACUAUGGCUUGCAAGGAAUGUAUGGCCAAAUGUUUAAACAUAAAUGGCUGUAAAUUUAAUUCCCAAUGUAAUAAAACUAAAUCAUGUUGUAUAAUUUACUAUAGUAGGCUUUCUAUAUGUGACUAGCUUUUGCCAGUAAGAUUCGCCACAAUAAAAUGCAAUGUAGAGAAGUGUUCUUCUUACAUGCGAGACGGGGAGAUUUUUUCAUUUAUGUAAAAAUUGAGAAAAACGGUGGGGGAGGGGGGCAGGAGGGUAUGGUGUUCGAGUAUCAUUACGUCACUUCCGGUACUGCUUCUCAGCGCCAGAUGCUUAAUGGCGGUUAUUGCAGCAAUAUCGUGAAAAUGAUAGAACAGUUUGUUUACCAGGGACUUCAUACGUAGCAUGUCGAGAGGAUAUAAUUAAAUACAAACCCUCGACUUCUCGUCUCCCAAAUGUCAAUAACAAGUACUAGUAUUAGGUUUAUAUUGCCGUCAUGUGCAAAUCGUAAAAACAGUACUAGCUAGUUACUC